GUUAAUUUGGCACUCUUAAAUUCCUACCUACCUCGGAAAAUGAUAUGAUAUUGACCUUUUGUGUAAUUUACCCGCCACAGGGGGAGCUCUUGUAUCGACAGUCUUUGUGCCUUACCCGGCUGCUUUAGUAAGGGGAUCUGCAAUGUAGCCUCGAAUUUUAGCGAUCCGAACCCAGAGGAGGUGACUACCAUGUUCACUGAGUUUUUCACCCUUGCCACUAAGACCAUACAAAAACAGAAGAAGUUAGUAUUUAACCCAUCACUCCUAAAAAGUUUUCCACGAUCGUUCAGAAUCACCGUGUAAACGCCCCACGCCCUGAAGCAAGAGGAAUUCUGUGUAUCUUCCGUACUGUUGAGUGCGAGUGUGUGGGCGCGUGUGUGAGAGAACGCGCGCGUGUGUAAUGUGUGUGCAUGUGCAUGUUGGUUAGCUGAGAGAGAGAGAGGGAGCGAGAGAGAGAGAGAGCGAGAGAGAGAGAGAAGUACGGUCUCUCUUGGUGCACUUUGCAGUAAGUUGCAGGCGGCUGUUGCUGGCGUGGCGGUUGCUGGUCACGGGGAACUUCAACACGCUGGAUCCCAAAGUCCGUCUCGCUCACCCGCGCAGUUCGGAGCUGCUAUGGAUUCGCCCGGAUUUACCAUUUUUAUAAUGUUGCCGGUCUUUCUGCAAACGACUGGACUCUCCAGUAGCAUAGAUUCCCUGCAGCAUAAGCUGGGGGACUAUGGACUGGUGCGGCCCAUGCUCACCGAUGCAGAAGGCCGCUUCGUCUCACACGCCAUCUCAUCUGGCCAGGUGAGUGGGGGGCAGUUCCGUAGGCGCUGGCGCAGAGAGGCGGGUUCGGCCAGUGACGCCCAAGACCGGAGUGGGAAGGAGAUGAACAGCAGCAGCAGCAGCAGCAGCAGCAGCAGCGGCAACAGUGGCAGCCAGGAACCUCUCUACUACAAUGUGACCAUCUUCGGCCGGGAGUUACACCUGAGCCUGAGACUCAACUCACGACUGGUGGCCCCCGGAGCCAAGAUGGAGUGGCAGAGUGAUGGGAGGGAGGAGAAGGGGCAGUGGGUGCAGGGCCAUGUCUCCCACACAGAGCCUCUGCACCACGGCUGCCUCUACGUGGGAGACAUCAUCGGCACGCGGGGCGCCGCUGUCGCCAUAAGCAACUGUGAUGGCCUGGCGGGAAUGAUCCGGACAGAACACGAGGAGUUCUUUAUCGAGCCACUGGAGAAGGGACAGCACAUGAUCCAGCAGGAGGAGGAAGGGGCUGGACGGGAGCACAUCGUGUAUCGUACAUCAGCUGUGAAGAAGAAGCCUCAUGUUGGUCCAGGAGCUGCAGACUACCGCACCAGAGGUGCAGAUCUGGAUGGCCUGAUGGAUCUGGAGACACUGUAUCGUGGCGUAGAGCAGAAUCUAAACCACAGCCGCCGGGCACGCAGACAAGCACAGGACGGAGCGUACAACAUUGAGGUCAUGCUUGGAGUGGACGACUCAGUGGAGCAGUUUCAUGGCCAUGAGCACAUCCAGAUGUAUCUGCUCACACUCAUGAACAUUGUGAAUGAAAUUUACCAUGACGAUUCUCUCGGGGCACAGAUCAAUGUGGUUCUGGUCCGUAUCAUCGUGCUGGGUCCGGAGAAGUCUGCCCAACUGAUAGUGAAAGGGAAUCCCUCCAUGAGUCUGCAGAAUGUGUGUCGCUGGGCCUUCCUGCAGCAGAAGAGCAACACAGAGGACACGGAGUACCACGACCACGCCAUCUUCCUCACGCGCCAAGAGUUUGGCCCCACGGGCAUGCAGGGUUAUGCCCCUGUGACGGGCAUGUGUCACCCAGUGCGGAGCUGCACUCUCAACCACGAGGACGGCUUCUCCUCCGCGUUCGUGGUGGCGCAUGAGACUGGACAUGUGCUGGGCAUGGAGCACGAUGGGCAGGGGAACCGCUGUGGGGACGAGGUGCCGUUGGGUAGCAUCAUGGCCCCUCUGGUGCAGGCGGCCUUCCACCGCUUCCAGUGGUCCCGCUGCAGCAAACACGAGCUCACCCGCUACCUGCACUCUUACGACUGUCUCCGUGACGACCCGUUCAACCACGAGUGGCCCUCCAUUCCAUCCCUGCCUGGUCUGCAUUACUCCAUGAACCAGCAGUGCCGCUUUGACUUCGGCGCCGGCUACAUGAUGUGCACAGCGUACCGACCAUUUGACCCAUGCAGACAACUGUGGUGCAGUCAUCCCGACAACCCUUUCUUCUGCAAGACCAAGAAGGGCCCACCCAUCGAUGGGACUAUGUGUGGAGAUGGCAUGCACUGUUUUAAAGGCCACUGCGUGAUGCUGAGCCCUGACCUCAUCAGGCAGGACGGCCAGUGGGGCUCCUGGAGUCCGUGGGGCCAGUGCUCGCGCUCCUGCGGGGGAGGGGUGCGCUUCCGCACGCGCGACUGCAACAAUCCGUACCCCGCCAAUGGUGGUCGCACCUGCCUGGGCCGCACGUACCAGUUUGAGCUGUGCAGCCGCGAGGAGUGUGGGGGCCUCUACCAGGACUUCAGGGAGAAGCAGUGCCUCUCGUGGGCCCACACCCUCGACGAGCAGAAGGCCAAGCACCACUGGUUGCCUUACGAGCACAGAGACCCCAAGCUGCGCUGCCAGUUGCACUGUCAGUCCAAGGAGACGCGGCACGUGGUCCGGAUGAAGCCCAUGGUGGAGGACGGCACGCACUGCUCGUACAAAGACCCCUACAGUGUGUGUGUGCGAGGCGGCUGUGAGAAAGUGGGCUGUGAUGGAGUGCUUGGCUCCAUGCAACAAGAGGACUACUGUGGUGUAUGUGGGGGUGACAGCUCCACCUGCCAUACCAGAAGGGGCACCAUCACACACUACCCCCAGAAACCAGGUUAUCUGAAAGUACUUGAAAUCCCUCGUGGGGCCAGACACCUCCUGGUCCAGAUCCCCAGGGGAGCCCCUCAUGCCUUAGUGGUGAAGAACAGAGCAAGCGGACAGUUCUUCCUGAAUGCAGACAGAAAGUUCCCAGAAUUCACCUCUGUGAUUGAGAAGGGUGUGGAAUGGGAGUAUGAGAAGGACAAAGACAAAGAGACCCUUCAGACCACCGGCCCUCUCAGACAUGAUACAGUCAUUCUGAUUCUAACCAAUGGAGAGACAAAUAUCACCCUGACCUUCAAGUUCAUCAUCAAAAAUGAGUCUGUUAGUGCCACAUACAAGUGGGUAUCGGAAGGAUAUUCAUCAUGUAGCAAGUCAUGUGGAAGAGGCCAGCAGGAUCAACGCUUUGCCUGCAUGGAAACCACAGACAUCGUAGUGAAAGUGGAAAACCGCUUCUGUGAACACAUCAAGAAAUUGCCUUCAAAGAGUAUAUACUGCAACAUGAAUAAGUGCCCACCACCCAUUUGGGAUGUUGGCCCCUGGGAGCCGUGCAGUGAGACGUGUGGGAAGCUGGGCUACAAGACUCGCACCGUCUCCUGCUACAAACUCCUGGAAAAUGGCACCAAGGGCAACAAGACCCGCAACAAGUACUGCAAUGACAACCGGCCUGAUUCUCGCCAGCCCUGCAACAGACACCCUUGCCCACACUGGAAAGUUGGGCCCUGGUCUGAGUGCUCUGUCACAUGCGGUAGUGGGAGUCAAGAGCGGCAGGUACAGUGUCGUAACCGUGGCGACAUCACUGUCCCAUGUUUUGAGGACGGCAAGCCGGCCACCGUGCAGAAGUGCUUGAUGUCUCCCUGUCAGAGUAACUUCUUGAUCCAGUGGCUGUCGAAGCCUAACUCGCGCGACUUCACCCCAAAGAUUUCCCCAAGGCACCAUUGUCAGAAAGACAGAUCAGUGUUCUGCCGUAUGGAGGUGCUUCGUCAGUACUGUGAUCAGCCUGGAUACCAGCGCUUGUGCUGCAAGUCUUGUGCUGCCAAUAGCACAACCUCUGAUCAAUCUAAGUCAACCACACGUUCCAGCCAUCCCGCCCAGCAUACAAACGCCUCCAGUGGAACCCUCACUUCCAGCCAUCCCGCCCAGCAUACAAACGCCACCAGUGGAACCCUCACUUCCAGCCAUACCGCCCAGCAUACAAACGCCUCCAGUGGAACCCUCACCAACACAGCUCACCCAACCCAGAGUUACAGUGCAACCCCUUUUAGCACAAGUCAGAAGUCUACCACUUUUACCAAUACAGCUGAUCCCAGUAAACAUGGCACAACUCCCAGCAGCCCUUUCACCCUCCUCAGCAACCUCCCCGCUGAUCCAAGAGCUCCUCGUGUCAUCUCAGCCAGUGAUGGCAUGUCAGAGAAUAGCACCGUCCUGUCACGUCUCGUCACGACCACCACUUGGCUCGAAUAUACCCCGACUAAAAGUCCAACGCACAUAAUGGACGACUCUUUGAUAACCAGCACUUCAGUUCCAGUUGAUGACUCCGCCUUCACAAUCCCUGCCAGUGAAGAUGAUGGCAUGGAUUUGACCACGCCUGGCUGGCUAGAAGUCACCGAACCCUUAACGGAGAGUCUGACCCUUCCAUCAACAUCUACAGACCACAACAGAGAGGAGAUUUUCACAUCAACUAUGGCCAUGACAACAACAGCGACGACAACAACAACUUCACCAGUUACAUCAACAACUUCAACCAGCAAGCCAACCACACGGCCUGAGGUGACAAGUGAGGGCAACGGCAUUAAUAUUCCCUUCCGGAUCAUUGGGGUAGACAAUGAUGUCCCCCUGAACAAUGUCAUUUCCCAACGCGGCCGUGUGUUCCUACGAGAGCGAACAAGGAACAAGCGUAUCCAGGAACUCCUCGAGGAGAAACGGAACUUUCUCUUGCGCCUAAAACGAGAGCAGGCUGCCUGACCUCCGGCCAAAGUUUAUCUGUCAACAGCACACUGCACAUAUCCUCCCCCAGAUUGAAGUUAUUGAUUAAAUCCCGCUGCUGUUCUUGGGACUCCAUCAAGACAAUACAAACAUGGUACUAGUGCUUCCUCAACGCUUAACAAUGUAGAGGAUGGCAAACUGAACUUUGCACAGUAGCUAUGAAUGGAAAAAGCUCCACUCAAGGCAUUUGUUUCUUAACAUUCUUCACAGCUUAACAUUCAAAGCAAUUCAUGACAUUUUCUAAAUUUUAGAGGUAUUGUUUUGAUAUAUCUAAUGAAAAAAAAUAUUUUUUUCCCAAGUUUUUCCAAGUAUUCAAACAGAUUGAGGCACAUAUGUUUUUCUUCUCUCCAUGACAGUCAAGUGAUAUGUUGCGCCUUUAACCAUAUACAUUGUCUCAAAAAGGCUUCACAGAGGCAAGACAAGUCAUUCAACUUAGGCAGACUGUAGCUUUCCAAUUAAAAGCUCCAAAUUGCAGCUCAUCACAAAUGAUGAUUACGCUAGAGGUAGAGGUAGCAUCGCCAUAGACUGCAGUCUUUUUAUUGUCACAAUGAAUUCAAGGGCUCUUUGCCUCAAAGGGAUCCCUGCAGUAGAUACAACAUUAUUCACCAUUUGUUUUAGCUGUAUUUCGACGUUCUUUGUUUGAUCCCAGUCAUACCUGGCUCUAAUUGCCUCAAGUCUAGGCCCACUGGACAUGCCUUGGCCAAUUUCAUUUUCAUUUCUUUGAGGUGUGUGAAUUGCUGUGCAUGUCUAAGUGCAGCAACAGCACUUUCAGAGGGAACCAGGGCCACUGUUGUGACCAACCAGUUCAGGUCUACCACAGAGGUGUAUUGUUUAAUGUGAUGUGUAAUGGCCCCAGAGGUGUAUUGUUUAAUGUGAUGUGUAAUGGCCCCUAAGGUUUAUUGUUUAAUGUGAUGUGUAAUGGCCCCUAAGGUUUAUUGUUUAAUGUGAUGUGUAAUGGCCCCUAAGGCCGUGGCAGGUCAGCAUAUGGGUUCUUGGGGUGACCACAUUUUCAAACCAUCAUUCUAAAACCAAGUUCUCAUUGAGUAAGCUGACUAUUCAAACAAAUGAAAUGCCAUUGGAUAGAAAGGGCAAAGUGUCUGGUUCUGACUGGGGUAUAUACCACUUGUUUAUGACUAACACGCUUACAAUGACGUGCAGCAAUCAAGAAAUGGGUCUACCUGGAAACAGGUACUAAAUACAAAACUGAUGGGGGUGAUAUCAGGAAAUAAUUUGUAUGAUAUCAGGAUUUGUUGAAAUAUAUAUAUAUAGGGGGAUUGUUUGCACAGGGAUUUAUAACUUUAUGCUGUAGGUGUCAAUCCCUGAUCACGUCAUCAAGGUUUCUCUAUUAUCACGGUGUGUGUUCAUUGCAGGGAGUAUAUCCAUCCAUCCAGUGGCGUGUUGGAGGAAUGAAAAUAAGUCAUGUCCAAAUCAAAUGUUCUUGUGAUGCACCCACACCUUUUGAUUCCCUUUCUGGCCCAAUUGAGUUCCCGGAAACGUGACUGGUGCUAUCAUUACAUGUUGUGUGUGGGCAGGUGCUUCAAUGUGUGCUGGACAUUGCUACUUUGGCUGCUCUGUGAUCUGAGACACUUUGAGGGAAUUUAAAGAAAUAAUGUUCCUUUAUACUCAUUCAGGAAAGCGGGUAAUGCCACAGUCUGAUCGAACAUUUAUGAAUUCUGUUUGUCCUUGAGAAUGACCUUGCACCUUAACAAUAAUCAUGUGCCCAAGAUAGAUGAGAACAAAAGGAUAAGGCUAAAAUAAUUAUGCAUUUCAUGUAUCUUUAUGUUGGUGGCAAUAUAUUUUUAAUGAGACUGUUAUUUUCCAUAUUGUAAAUAAUAUUUUAAAAGCAGGAAAAAAAUCUUCAAAUAAAAAAAAUAUUUUACUCUCUGCAUCUCAUAGAGGCUUUAAAGAGCAAUUAUUUCAGCCUUAUAAAUGGGUAUUUGCCAUGGUUGCAAAAACACCAUUUGUUGUACAGUACAGAGUAUAUGUACAUAUGAAUGAAAAUGUAGUAUUUAUUAAAGUUUACAUACACAUUUGA